AUGACCGAGAUCGCAGAUACCUACUUUGAUCCCGAUGACACCCUCUCCUCCCCAGAGGUUCAUCCGCCUCCUCCCAUCAGUCCCGAAGCCGGUCCGGACAGACGCAGGGGGGAGAAACGACCCAAAAGUCGCGCUUGUCAGGCUGAUGCUGUACUCGUGGGUUUGAUGGGUGGAGGAAAACGUCCUGACAUUGCGCAGUAUGCUGGAAAUGAGGCUCUGCCAUCAGACGAGGGUGAGGAAGACGAAAGUCCCGUCAGAGGCACGGCGGUGGAAAUUCCGGGACGUGAUAUAUCUCCUGGAACAGCUGAUCUCGAUAUUGCCCAAAUGGCAGUUGAUAUGAUAAAGCGCACAUUUCCGGAGUCUCGGAAUAAUUCGCUGGGUUCCACUGGGGAAGCUCUUGAAGCUGAUCAGGUACCCGCAAAUGGCAAUGCCAAUACAAAUGCACAAACACAGUCACAAGCACAGGAUGCUAUAGAUAUAGAGAGAGUCAGACUACAUUCCAAUUCCCAUGAAUUAUAUCAAAAUGCUACGGUACAGGGAAGUAGCGUAGAGGAAACGCAUUCUACCCCACCUAACGAUCCUGGAGGUCUUCCACCUAUGCUUCACUCUCCACCUCAAUCCGGCUCUACAAAUAGCAAUGGGAGUCAACAUAUUAAAUUACCAUCAAUAGCUGAAUCAUUGAAACAGCUUGUUGAGGAACCACUACCCAAUUCUAAUGAAACUUCAUACUCCCAAUCUCCAGGAAGAUCUAUCUCAAGAUUUCCUCCUGGACCCGGAGUAACAUCACCAGCUAACUCUCCAAAUGGUCUUCGGAGAGAUAUUAUGUCCCCCUCAGGACCAUUAUUCAAUCAAUUUUCGACGAACAAUUCGAGGAGACUUUCAACGUCUGAAGGGCGUCCAUACGGUAUGACGGCGGAUUAUAGCAGUGGGAGCAAUGCGGAAACGCCAAGCACGGAUCAAUCAGCUUCAACUCCCGCUACUAUGGCCAUUGAUCGCAUGAGUAUAGAUGGGAUUACGAACCCACAGAUUGGAGGGUUUCAGUGCACUUAUCAGGGGUGUGUUGCUGCGCCUUUUCAAACACAGUAUUUAUUAAAUUCCCAUGCAAAUGUACAUUCUUCCAAUCGACCGCAUUAUUGUACGGUGAGAGGAUGUUCGAGAGCCGAGGGGGGAAAGGGGUUCAAGAGGAAAAAUGAAAUGAUUAGACAUGGUUUGGUUCAUGAUAGUCCGGGUUAUGUGUGUCCUUUUUGUCCGGAAAGAGAACAUAAAUAUCCAAGGCCGGAUAAUUUGCAAAGACAUGUAAGAGCACAUCACACGGAUAAAGAUAAAGACGACCCGCUCUUGCGAGGAGUGCUCGCGCAAAGACCGGAAGGUCCGAAUAAAGGCAGAAGACGUAGAGGUGUCAAUUGA